AUGCCCGCCGCCCUUUGUUUCACACUCGUCUCUGCCAUGUCCGCCGUCGCCGCCGUCCUGUCUGCUGCGCUCUGUGCUCCGUGGCGGCGCAGGGCGGAGCAGGCGGCGGCGGAGCAGGCGGCGCCGGAGCAGGGGCUGCAGAGCGGAGCCGAGAUCGGGGGGUUGGAGGAGGCGGAGGCGGAGGAGGCUGAGGCGGAGGCGUUCGAGGCGGACCUCGAGGGCGCGCACUUUGAGGAGGCGGACCUCGAGGGCGGGAUUGGGCGGUUGGAGGAGGAGGAGGCGGAGGAGGCAGCGGAGGAGGUACCAAUCGUGACCGAGGCGGACGGGAUGCGGCUACACCUGUCCCCCAAUAGCGCCACCGGCUAUUUGGGGGUCUACUUGGAGCGAGGCAAGUUUUGCGCCCAGACCAAGGUGGGUGGGCGGGGUGCGCCGCGUAUCUUCCUCGGAAGCUUUGGCACCGCAGUGGAGGCGGCUGUCGCGUACGCGAGGAGAGUCGGGGAGGCCGCGGCGCCAGAGGAGCGCCAGGAGACGGAGCUGAGGAGGUGGUUCCCCGCUAUCUACGAGAUCGAUGGAAAGUGGCGGCUAUGCUUUGUUGGCAAGACGAGCAGCUCGAGCGACUGGUGGAGGACCAGUGGGUGCGUGGAGCGGCUGGGAGACAGUGCCCGCGCUUCCACGCGGUUUCGAACUGUCAACGGAACCGUCUAUUUGCUCGUGGGCAAAUGCGAGGCAGCGCGGUGGCGGCGCGCGGGCGAGCACACGGGCGGACGACGGCGAGGCAGGCGAGGGGCGCGGGCCCUCGGUUCCUGUUGA